UGGCUUAUUUUUUUUCGAUUUUCGUUAAAAUUUUUGGUAUCAUGGCCUGGUUUCUCAGCCAGGAUAUUCCUAAGGGGUUGCCGGACGAUCAGCUAACGAGUCUACAAGUGAGCGGUCUUAGUAUGGAUAUCCUGCGCUUCCUGGGGUAUACGGCUUCUUUAUUUGGGUUCGGGGAGUCUGCAAUCGAAAAUGUUAAUUGGGGACUUCAGUGGUUAUCAUGGAUGCACCCUAAGGAUGAAGAAUCAGAAAAUUUAUUGGAAAUUUGGAAUGAAAAGAUAGCCAACAUCCCUGUACGUUUUUAUAAACCAAAAACCCUUGGCAAAAAAACUACUGGUGUGGUUUAUUUUCAUGGCGGUGGAUUUACUAUUGGAAGUGUUGAUCAGUUUCAUCUAUUCACCCUGCUGUUAGCUAAAGAAGCAAAUGUUGUGCUGGUUUCUGUUGAAUACAGAUUAGCACCCAAACACACUUUCCCUGCCCAGUUCCAUGACAGUUAUGCUGUUGUUAACACCCUGCUGGCCACUGGAGCGAAAUAUGGUAUUGAUACAAACCGUAUUAUUGUUGCUGGAGACAGUGCUGGUGGUAAUCUAGCAGCUGCAGUUGCUCUCAAGCUUCGAGAUGAGGACAAACAUCUGGCAGCUGAGAUUCUCAUCUACCCUGCACUUCAGUUCAUGGACUUUUCACUUCCCUCGUAUCAAAACCAUGGCUCUCGACUCUUGUCAUUGGAACAAUUGGCAGGUUACUGGUCAUAUUACAUGACAGGAUCAGCUGACACGGUCUCAUCCUUUUUGGCGAACAAUCAUUCCAGGCAUCUUCGCAACACAAAGUACUCCUCUUACAUUGGGGUUGGUGAAAAGGGACAACAAAAUCAACAGAAGAAGCCAUUAGGUGGAAUUCCAGUAAUUGUUUUAGAUAGUCUGGUGGACUAUAGAGCAUCACCUUUAAUGGCAAAUAGUUUAAAGGGGCUUCCCAAGACGUUAAUCAUUACAUGUGAAUUUGACAUCUUAAAGGAUGAUGGUCUGUUGUACAGGGCUCGUUUGUUGGAUGCUGGUGUCAAAGUGACCCAUUUAAACUACAUGAGCUACCAUGCCUUUUUGGCAAUUCAAGCAUCACCUUACUUUGUAGCUGAGGAGUUUAAUCAGGCAUUGAGAGAUAUAGUUGACUUUGUGAAAGGAGUGUAAAAAAGUCUAAAAAUAUGCAUAAAUUUGAUUAGCAAAACAUUUCAGCCAUUUUUGAAGAAGACUUUGGUUAUGAGAAAUGGUUGUUGUAAAUGUACGCUUCUAAAAAUCUCCGGACUGCUUAGUUAUGCUGACAUACGUACCAUAGAACUUUCAAGAACAUUUCAUCACGUCACGCAGUCAUUACGUAAUAGUACUUAAAUAGUUCUUUUGUAAGCCUCUGGAAUGUUCCAGAACACUUUGUGAAUGUAUAUAAAGACUCGGUUAGGUAGUAGUAGUAGUAUUUGUUGUUGUUGUCAGGGGUGACCGACUGUUUAGAAAGCUAUGAGAGAGAGUAACAGUAGAAGAUUGCUAAUUUCAAGAAACGUUGUGGGAAACCUUGAGUUCGGCUCAGGGGUGAGCUAAGAUAUUGACUGUAGUGGGCUUAAGUAAGUUUAUCGAGCAUAAGUACUGUACUGCCUUCAGUAGUCGCUUGUUAUUAAGAAUAUCAAACACUUGUUUAUUGAAGUUGUUAAGUUUGUAGGAUUGUAGUGUUUUUCUGUCGGUUAGAUUAUAUCCAUUCGUAACACAUUGCAUCCUCUUCGUCUUGAUUCACAUCUUGAA